AUGGCCUCAGCCGCUCCCCUGAAGAAGAUUCAGGAGAUCAGCACCUGCAUGCUGUGCUCAAAUUUGCUGGCUCAUCCUGUGAGCCUUGACUGUGGGCACAGCUACUGCAACUUGUGUAUGUGGGUCUUCUGUACCAAGGAUCCAUUGCUGAAGGAGUUCCUGUGUCCUCAGUGUAAAUUCCCAUUCAAUAGAAACAGCUGGAAGCACAAUAAGCAUCUGGAAAGAAUCAUUGAGGUCUUUGAGCAGAUGGAAAAGAUGCAGUACAAGGCACAAUGUAAGGCCCAUGGGGAGAAGCUCCAGCUCCUGUGUGAACACGAUGGCCAGCUCAUCUGCUGGCGCUGUGAGCGGGAACCACUGCACCUAGGGCACAGCACAGUGCUGGUGGAGGACGUGUGCCAGGUCUACAAGGAUAAACUUCAGAAAGCUGUGGCAAAACUGAGUGAUAUCCAUACAGAAUGUAUGAAUCAGAAAAUAUUCAUGACAACCCAAAUAACUGAGUGGCAGAAAGAGAUAGCUAUUCGGAAACGGAAAGUGAAGAUGGACUUUGAGAAACUCCACACUUUUCUCUGUGAGGAAGAGAAUUUGUAUCUCUGGAGACUAGAGAAUGAAGAGGAGCAGAUAGUGAGGAGACUGCGGGAAAAUGAGGUAAAGCUGCAGGAGAAGAGCGAGGAAAUCAAGAGCCACAUUGAGGAGCUGCAGGCAACAUGUCAGAGCUCAGCCCAGAGGCUGCUGCAGGAUGCGGAAGACACCUUGAGCAGGGCUAGUGCUGUGCAGCUGGAAGCUCCUGAGGCCCUUUCCUUGGAGGUCCAGACUGCGUGUGAUGUUGCUGAACUUUACUUGGAUGUGAAGGUGAUGUUAAGACGCCAUCAAGUCAGUGUGACUCUGGAUCCAGGUACAGCUCAUCCUGCCCUAAUUCUGUCUAAGGACCGGAGACAUGUGUCCUAUGGAUCCAGCCAGCAAAACCCUGUGGUUUUGUCCGGGAGAUUUGCCAUCCUCCCCUGUGUCCUGGGCUGUGAGGGCUUCACCUCAGGAAGACACUACUUCGAAGUGGAUGUUGGAGAAGGAACAGCUUGGGAUGUGGGAGUCUGUAUGGAGAAUGUGCAGCGAGGCCUUGGCAUGAAGCAGGAGCCUGAGAGUGGGUUCUGGGCCAUCAGGCUGUGCACAGGGAAUGGCUAUGUAGCCCUGACCUCUCCCAUAACUGCCCUUCAGCUACCUGAGCGACCCCGGGUGGUGGGUGUUGCUCUGGACUAUGAGACUGGAGCUGUGUCCUUUUACAACAUGACCUCUGGCUCGCACAUCUUCACCUUCCCCAAGGCUUCCUUCUCUGAUACUCUGCGGCCUUACUUCUGGGUUUACCAGCAUUCUCCUUUGUUCCUGCCUCCUUGUAAUGAGUGA